GGGGGGGCAGUGGGGGGGGGAAUGAGACUCAAGACCCCGGAACCGUCCCGGCGAUCGAACCGCCUGAAAGACCAGGCGGUGGUGGCCUCUUCCCUCAAAGCCGAACCCCCCACGGAGGGUGGGACCCCGGGCCCCAGAACCCGUGGCCUCCUGCCCCCGACCCCCCGGGAUCCCAUCCGGAGGGGCACCCGGGGCCGGCGUUCCGGGAUCGGGAUCCAGGAGCCGACGAUCGACCUGAAACAGCUGAAGAUCUCGGUGCAGAAAAUCAAGGAAGAGCCGGAGAUCCUAUCGGUGGAGAAAGCGGGAGAGGGAGAGACCCCGAGCGAAGCCGUCGCCGCCGGGGUGCAGAAACCGUUUCCGCUCUUGCGGACCCGUGGCCGUGUGUGGGAGCCGAGUGGUCACCAGGGGCCGGGCUCGGUGUGCGGUGGGCACGGAGUGUGGGCGCUGGCGUUGGCGCUGAUGGUGGUGGUUGGAGUCUGGUACACACUGGACGAGAGGACCCGGGGGCAGCUGUGGGCGCCUUGGAACCCCGAGCCGUGCGGGAGGGACUGCAGGAUGGUGUUGGUGGAGAGUGUCCCGGUGGGGGUGAGGUACCCUCCGGGGUCUCCCUCUCUGCCCCCCAUCUCCCAGGCCUGGCUGGAGCUGCUGACCAGAGCCAACAGCAGUCUGGACAUCGCUGCCUUUUACGUCACUCUGAGGGACAGUAACCAGUCCCACCCCUCAGCCGCUCAGGGACGGCGGGUGUUUGAGAGCCUCUCUGAGCUCCCGGGGCGGGGAGUGAGGCUGCGAAUCGCUGUGAACGGGCCCCAGAAACACACAGCGGACACGGGAGACCUGGGGAAGAGCGGUGCCGAGGUGCGGGAGGUGGAUUUAGGGGCUCUGACGGGAGGAGUGAUUCACACCAAACUCUGGGCCGUCGACAGGAGUCACGUGUACAUCGGCAGUGCCAACAUGGACUGGCGCUCACUCACCCAGGUGAAGGAGCUAGGAGUGGUGGUGACGGAGUGCGGCUGCCUGGCUCGGGAUGUCGAGCGGGUGUUUGACGUGUACUGGGGUCUGGGUGCCCCAAAUGCCCCCUUGCCCCCCUCCAUGCCUGGCACUGCCCCCCCCUCCAGGCUCCGGCCCCCGCUCCAACUGCAUCUCAACGGCCUCCCUGCCCAGGUCUCCCUGUCGACCUCCCCCCCCACUCUUGGACCCCCUGACCUCAGACAGGACCUCGACGCCAUUCUCCAUAUCAUCAGCGAUGCCAAGGAACACGUUUACAUCUCAGUGAUGGACUUCCUCCCUCUGUGUCAGUACAGCCAACCUCAGAGGUUCUGGCCCCCGCUGGACGAUGCCCUACGAAGGGCGGGGUGUGAGCGGGGGGUGGAGGUCAGGCUGCUGGUUGGCUGUUGGCAGCAUUCACACCCCUCCAUGUACAUCUUCCUGCAGUCACUGACCGCACUCAGCCACCAGCCAUUACAGUGCCCCAUCACCGUGAAAGUUUUCCAGGUACCGGCUGGGGAGGAGGAGAUCCCGUUUAGCCGAGUUAACCACAACAAGUUCAUGGUGACGGACCGGGUGGCCUACAUUGGCACCUCCAACUGGUCUGGCGAUUACUUCACGAGGACGGCCGGGGUGGGGUUGACGGUGAAUCAGUCGGACGGCGUUCCCGGUGAUCCCGGCUCGGUGCGGCGCCAGCUGGAGGCCGUGUUCCUUCGGGAUUGGAAUUCCGAGUACGCCCGGAAGCUGAGCGACUCCGACCUCACGCUCUGUGGCCCUCAGGCGGGAGGAGAGUGAGCACCGAGCAACAACCCUGCGACCGGCCAAAGGAAAGGGUCACAGGUGGGGAGGGCGGAGGGGGGAGGGGGGAGA